AUGUCUGCAAAGAUUUUGCUGGUACUUGUCUGCGCGGCGGAGCUAUCGACGCUCAUUAUGGCAGGUGGCCACGGCGGUGGUCACAAAAAGGUCAUCAUUCACGUGCCCCUGUUCGUUAAGCACCAUCACCAUAAACACACGAUCGUGAAACAUGUCCACCACAAGAGCGGCGGUGGUGGCGGUGAUGAUCAUUACGAAGUUCUAGGAUACACUUAUGGCGAGCCUAAAGCAGCACCACAUUUCGGAGGAGGUCACGGCUGGGGCGCUUCUGAUGUUGGCCACGAUGGUGGUUACGGGGAAUCUCCCGUGAGCUUCGAAGGUGCCCAAGCAGACUACGGUCUCUCAGCAUCUGGUGGGGAAUAUGGAUCUGAAGGAGGCCUUCAUUAA